AUGCAUCUACCGACCUGCAUGGAUUUCUCCAACUGUUGCUGUGCUCAUUUCAGUGCAUGUAUUGUCUUUUUCUGCCUGAGGUUGACGAAUUAUGGGAGCUCGUAUUUGGUUUCCCAUGGUGAUGUGGUUCAUGAUGCAGUUCUUGAAGAUGUGGUUGUUGGGGGAAUGGGGACGACAGCAAGUUUUUGGUCAUUCGCAGGCCUGGCAACCCAGCCUCGCAUUGGAGAAUCCACUGGAGUUGGUCAUCCAGAUUGCUGGUCAAUAAACAGUGCUACAUUAUUCCAGAUUGGAGAUUCUGGUGCUGGAACCAUGGCUAUUUUUGGUUGUCGCUUUGCAUCUUCGGAGUUCUGA